UCCGCCCAUGCUCUUCUGUUCAUCUUAUCCAAUGGCAGAGAAGGUGGAAGGUGGGACAGCUUCGGCUGGGCGCUCGUCGGCGAGCUCGUCGGCCGUCCAGCUCUCCCCUCCGCUUGCGGCCCUCUCGGCCUCUCCUCCACUUCUUGCGUCCCCGUCCCCCCUAAUGAUCCUACUCGUUGGUGGAUCUGCUACUCAGGGCAUCCUCGACGUUCCUAACCUCAAGAAGUGCGGCGGCGGCAGAUCCGCGUGGGGGCGUCGAGCGCAGCUGGAUCGUGAAGGCCUCUGCAGCCUCCGUGCAGACGCUCGAGGUCAACAACGCCACCAUGAUGUACAGCUGCGAGCUGCCCACCCGUGUCCUCAGCCUCUUCGUCCCACUCUUGGUGUCUCCUCAAAGAUCCUCAGCAGGGAGCGCAUCAUUAUCGUCAACUCCAAGCUGAUCCGAUGCGUCAAGAGUUUAGGUCCAGGACUCCAGGGGCAGGCGCUAAUGGAGAGUUUGAGAAUGAAUGCGAGAGAGAGGAAGCGAAGCAGCAACAGUUUGGGUUCAGAGAAGAUUAGGAGCAACAUUUCAUUGGAGAAGGAGAGGUACAUCAGCCGAGGGCAGCAGCGGAGAGCAAAAUCAGCAGGUUAGGGGCGGCAGGAGAGGAUCAGAAGUAGAGAUGAGUGCGAUUCAAUUGCCAUUGAUAAUGAUUCAACUUGAGUUUGCACCAUCCUUGUGUUACUAAAUAGUUUUUUCCUUUUUCACUUGUGAUUAUGUACUAGAGAUUUGCAAGGAUGCAUUGGAUUCUUUUUAUACUGAUUUGAUGCACUCUGACUUUGGAAUGCGAACAAAUGUGUUCUUCAA